AUGCUUAUAUUCCCUGGAGGAGAGGUAUUUUUAGAUUUUCGGGUUUAUUUGAAACCGACAGCAGCCGAAGUGAUUCUCUGUAAAUAUCCUCACGAUAAUCCUGCAUGCUCGUUGAAGAUCACUUCGCUUGGAUUCACUUCCGAUGCUGUGGAAUUCGAAUGGUUCUCCAAAUCGUCUGACGCUAUUCAACUGAACCGAGAUCUUGAAAUACCGGAACUGUCCCUGAUCGAUGUGAAGGCUGAGACCUGUGACGGUUCCCGCAAAUCAGGUAAUUACUCUUGCAUGGUAGCACGAUUCUUUUUGCAUCGAGAGCUUGGUUAUCAUUUGGCUCAGACCUAUAUUCCGACAACGAUUUGUGUCGUAUUCUCAUGGAUCAGUGUUUGGCUUCCUGAAGAGUUCGUUGAAGGACGAAUUUUCGUUUCCCUGACUGUAUUUCUCACGCUCAGCGCUGAAAGCAAUUCGGCCAAGGAGGAACUACCCAAGGUCUCUUACAUAAAGGCAAUCGAUAUCUGGUUCGGUUUCACAUCAGUUUUUGUUUUUGUCACCAUGCUUCAGGCGCUAGCGGUUAUCACGCUAGAGCAUCAAAGCAAAUCAAUUCGUCGAAAAUGUGAAGAUAAUCUGAACGAAUACAGUAAGUAUAAGAUAAUGCUGUUGAUGUUACGCAGUCGAUACCUCCAUCGAUUAGGCAGGAAAUUUGACGAGUUUUGCAAGGUGAUGUAUCCGGUAACGUUCCUUCUCUUUUUGAUGAUCUAUGUAUUCGUCAUCAUUCAAGGAGACGAGGACAAGUGUUUGCGCCAAUGA